AGAGAAAAAUAGUAUCUUGAGAAAGAAAAAUUGAAAAUGAAAGCAAAGCUUUCAAGUAACAAGGUUUGAUUGAUUUUCAUGCACACAACAUCUUUUGCUUUGCUUUUUCUUCCUUUAGAAACCAUAUUCGGGCAUCUAUCCUUCUCUCUCAUCCCUCAUUUCUUUCCUCUUUCUACUUCUUCUGCAUAAAGUUUCAGAAUUAAAAAUUCAGAAAAAUCAUAACCCCAAAGUACCAGUACUUGUUGCACUACAAUUUCUGUUUUAUGAGCAUAGAUGCCUUUUUUUCCCUCUUGAAGAAAAUUAACAACAAGAGAGAAUUCAGUUAGUCUGACAGUUUCAGAUCACUCCUUCUUUUUUCACUUUAUCACAAAUUCCUCACAAACAUUCCCAGAAGUGUAAGGACUUAUGCUGCUCAGAAACAGAUCAAGAGCUGUCACCAAACCAAGUUUGAUGGGUGAUCACAGCUCCCAGCCAAGUCCAAAUCAGAGUUACAGAAGAACCAUUCCUUCUUUGUUUUCACCAAAAUUUCGUGACUUCUCAAUCAAGUGUCUCUCAGGAGCUGAGGCUUUGAGAAGCCCCACCUCCAUUCUUGACACCAGAGCCUUAACCCCAUUUGGGAGUCCUUUCUCACAUGAGAAAAAGAUCGAGACUUUUGCCCCCCCAAGAGUACCCUCUGAAAACAGAACUUCAUGGGACUCAAAAGCCAUUGGUCUUGCUCUUGUUGGUGCACUUAAAGAUGAACCUCUUCUUCACACCGCAGCUAAACCAUGUACUGGAACUGUUCUCUUUGGGGUCAAAAUCCCUCCACUGCCACUACCACUACCACCUUCAUCUUCUGAAUCAACUAAAACAUGUGCCAAAACCAAGGAUUCGCAAAAGCAAACAAAGGAUUCUCCAUUAUCGGUUGCAACAGGUGUUAUGAGUUUGAGUGAGAUGGAACUUUUUGAAGAGUACACGUGUGUGAUAUCUCAUGGACCUAAUCCUAGAACAACACAUAUAUUCGACAAUUGUAUCGUGGAAAGUUACUGUUCCCUCCCCAAUAACACUCUCUCACCUUCACUCAAUUUUCUUAGCUUUUGUCACACUUGCAAGAAGCAUCUUCAGCAGACAAAUGACAUUUUUAUUUACAGAGGAGAGAAAGCCUUCUGCAGCAAAGAAUGUCGUCAGGCAGAAAUGGUACUAGACGGAGCAGAAAUUUCAGAAUUUGACGAGUUGCAUAGCACAGCCUGAAAGUGAUAGAUUAUGAUGGGAUAAGCAUCUAGUGACAAUUUUCUAUUCUUGGUUAGAAUUUCUAGAUAGUAUAUUAUAUUUACCCUUUUGGUUUUGGUAUUUUGGCUUCUCCGUGCAAAUAGAGAUAAGAGAGGAUGAGUAUGUAGAGUUUAUUUCAAGAAAUGAGUAGUUUUAGAUUGCUUACGGUUUUCUGCCUUUGAAGAUGGGGACGAUGAUGAUGAAAUAUGACUGAAAAUGUUGCCUCUUUAUUGUUAUUUUCUUCUUAUCUGAGUAGAUGAUGAUGCAUAUUAUUGUAAA